ACCUACCUGUCUGUCGUGUUGGAACUGGACUGCUCGCAUCGCAUUGAUUGCUACACAUGCAGAAGUGUAAAUAACUCGAACGCCCUCAAGAGGUACAAAGAAGUUAGUACAGCAACGAUGGCCGAUGAUGAAGUGAUACGUAGACGGCUUUUAAUUGAAGGAGAGAGUGGCGGAGAUGAUCGUCGAAUCAACACCCUCCUCAAGAUGUUCAUCAAAUGGUGUAAUAGUAACUCCUCAGAGGAAGAGAGUCUAGCAACUUAUCAGAAGAUGCAGUCAAUCUUAGCCCAGGUGGAGUUCUCUAUGGAGAAGACAAAGCUGAUACAUGACAUGAACACCAAGGAGAUAACCAACUAUGAAGACCUCUACAGUGACAUAGAGUUGAGUAUUCAAGAGGCACAUACUAAGAUAACAGCUUGCAAACAGAAAGUACAGGAGGCCAAGAGAGUCCGUAAGAACAGACAAGAGUACGACGCCCUAGCUAAAGUGAUUAAGACCCAACCGGACAGGCAAGAAACAAUGAAGAAACUAGAAGAUCUGGAUAAAGAGCUUUCCACCCUGAAAAACAGUAAGCAGUCUCUGCAGCAGAAGCUCGAGGACAGAAAAAAACAGUUCCACGUUCUCAUCAGUUCUAUCCAAGAAUUACAGAGAAUUCUAGACGAGGAUGACAAAGGGCUUGAAAUUCAAAUGGAUACCACACUAGACAGCUCCAUGGAUACAAGCGUCGGUGAGAAACGGUAGCGUCAAAAGAACAUUUUUGUAAAAAGGACAAAGUCGCUUGGAUUUUGGCUACCAUCAUCACAAAUUCUUGGGACUCUGCGUGGAUGUCUUGAAGUUUGUGAAUGCAUCUUGGAGAUGUCACCACAGGAUGUUUUAUUUUUUGCGGAAUAUUGGUUGUUGUUUUGUCUGCUGACUGACCUGGAAAUUCCAAUGGACCAUGGAUUUUGGAUCACCUUAAUUUGAGUAUAAUCACCAGAAGUAAAGGCCAUUGUGACACAUGAGCCAGGGGCCGAUUUCACAAAGAGCUAAAAUUGAUUGCAACUGCAAAUCAGUCAUAGUUGCUUAGUAAAGUGUGAUG